CCAUGAAUGGUUCCUACUUCCUAUAUAUACUUAUCCAUGCAUAAACCCCUUAUUCAGAACACACAAUUAAUCAUGUUCCUCCAGACGCUUUUAUUCCUCUCAUUCUUCUUCCCCUCCUCACGAGCCUUAGAUUUUUGUGUGGGGGACCUGUCAUUACCCCCGAGCCCGGCGGGCUUCCCUUGCAAGAAAUCAGUGGGCAUCAAUGACUUCGUUUACUCCGGCCUAGCAGCGGCCGGAAACACCACUAACAUCAUCAAGGCUGCAGUCACCCCAGCCUUUGACGCCCAAUUUCCGGGCGUCAACGGGCUGAGGCUGUCUAUGGCCCGACUUGAUUUGGCCAUAGGUGGUGUCAUUCCCCUCCACACGCAUCCCGGAGGGUCGGAGAUCCUCAUGGUCAUUAAAGGGUCAAUUUGUGCCGGAUUCGUAUCGGCCCUUGAGAACAAGGUAUACUUCAAACAGCUUCACACCGGGGAUGUGAUGGUUUUCCCUGUGGGAUUACUUCAUUUCCAAAUAAACUCUGGGAAAACUGAGGCUGUGGCCGUUGCUGCCUUCAGUGCCCCAAACCCAGGCCUUCAAAUCACAAGUUUCGCUUUGUUUAUGAAUGAUUUGCCCACAGAAACUGUGAAUGCUGUUACUUUCAUUGAUGUGACUCAAAUCAAGAAGCUCAAGGGUAUCCUCGGUGGCAAAAAUUGAUGGAGGGAAAUUGCUCUUUUGAUCAUAAAUCUACUAUCACUCCCAAUAUUUCUAGUCAAUUAAGAGUGUAUCUGGAGUAUUUGUCUUAUUUCUAAUAAUUGUAUUAUUAGAGCUUUUUUCUUAAGUGUUCUUUCAUUCAAGCACUUAAAGUGCUUUUAUGAUGAACACCAACUUGUUUUUUAAUUUCCACUUAGUUAAAUAAGCAUAAAGAGUGCUUUUUGUUGUUAAUUUGUGUUUCCUCAGCUCGGCCAAAUGCUUCUUUAUUAAUUAAGCGAAAGUAAUCCGUUUCCUAAAAGCAGUACUAAUUUCCUGCACACAAUUCAAUCGAAGUGUUUUCACAA